AUGCACCUUUCUAAUGCCCGCAAAGGAAGCCUUGCAGCAAGUGGAAACAGUCCGCAUACUCCCACUAGCGAACAUAGCGUGCAUUCGCUGCAGGAGGGGGAUGUCGUACCCACCCCCUUACGUACCUAUCCCACGGACGAUAUUUGUGAGCGGCAGCUUCUGAAGAGGAUUGUGCAGGAUUACCUGGAGUACAUGUAUCCUGUCAUUCCGAUCGUCCAUCGGCCGUCCUUCCAGCGCCGCUUUGAGGAGGACCGUGAUUGUGAUGACCCCGGGUUCCUCGGCCUCUUAAUCGCUAUGGCGGCAAACAUCGUGGCGGCAAUGCCCAGUAGGUUUAGCGACUACCGCUCAAAAUGUCCCCCCUUGCCCUUCUGCUCGCGGAGAGAAAUGGUCUGGGCUUGCUAUCAGAAAGCCAUGGGACUUCGCACUCCGGAUCACUUUCAGCAGAUCAAUUUCCAAAAGUUUGCGACCACUUAUCUGUUCUGUGCUGCUUUCAUGCAACUAGGGGACCAUAAUUGGUCUCGCAUGUUGCAGUCAGAGGCGAUGCAGUUGGCGCGCAUGCUGAAUCUACAUAAAGUUUCAGAGUAUGCCGGUCUCAACCACGUCGAGACCCAGCUGCGAAAGAAGGGAUUCUGGCUCGUAUUCUACGCUUUCAUACAUGGACAGUUACAGAACAUGUUCGGAGAGCGACUAUCGUACCUGGACCCCUACCAGUUGCUUUCGCUGAAUCCCGAUGAUCUUAUGCCCGUCGAAGUUGAUGACGAGUUCAUAUUUGAAGAUGAGAUUCAAACACCUUAUACAUCGACCCCUUCUCUUGUUACUGGACUAAAUCUCAACUCUCGUGUGUUCUGGGCCGCUGCCCGAAACCCCCGUCUGAAGGAGCCUAAAGAUGAGCCCUGUCCUUGCAGCCGAGCUCGCGAUCCGGGCAUCGAAAUAACAUAUAUACGGGACCAGUUGCAUACAUUGAAAUUCUUGCUAGAUGACAUACCGCCACUCCUACGACCCUGGAUGCCGAUGGAAGGCUACAUCCCUACGGUUAGCGACACCGAUCGGAGUCGAUCGGGCUUUGCGACAAUGCGAGCAAAUUUGCAUGUCACGCACCUGUGGGUCCAGAGUCUCUUGCUGGACCAACUGGAGGCAGCGCAAUCCCGGUACCACUCAGUACAACCAACGGAGUCGGAGCAUGAGGUGGCAGUCAUGGAUCCUCAAACCCUCUGGCGGGAAAGAGAAGAACUUUGUCGGCAGCUUUUUUUCGUGCUACACAGUUUGCCGCAGGUGAAUCUGGAGGCUAACGGGUUGCACCUCGCUUACAAGGUGCGCGAUAUCGCCGCUAGCCUCCUUGCAUGUCCGUUUCAUCCCGAUGCCCCCGAAGCGCAACGCGCCGCCGAAUACCUCCAGCAUUCCAGCAAUAUCUUGGCGCGUCUUGACCGAAGCGAAAAUAUGAAUACGAUACAUCUACAGUCUUGGGUUGACACGGAUCGACUACAUAGAGAUUGA